UAAUAGAAGGGCAAGGUAGAAAAAAUGGAACACCUUGAGUUUGUUGAAGAAAAACUUAGCGGCAAUAUCCUUUACAAGAGGUUAAACAGCACUCUUAGUGAAAGCAAAUAUGCUGUAGCAACUUUUUUAGACUGUCCUGCAGCCAGUUAUGAAGGCAUCCUCUUUUGUAUCAAUGAGAAAGUUGUUUCAAAAAUAUUUGCCAAGCUGUGUGGAAUUCUAAAAGCUAAGUGGCAUGAUAUCACAUCAAUCAACGUCUAUUUUAGGAAAGGUUUUGUAACUGAAGAGGAUGGGAGCUUUGCUGUCCUCAUCGCAGCUCAAAGCUCUCUAACUUCACAAAGUGCAGUUCAAUUUCUUGUGAACAAUUUCAAAUCAUCGGAAUUAGCAUGGAAACAAAAAGCGGACUUCCUGAUGGACUUCAAUUCAGAAACUGUGUUUUUCGAUUGUGAAUUUGAUAGCAGUGUGGAAAGCCUUUUUCCGGAAGAGCCUGAAGUUGUUAAAGCACAGGAAAGUAUUGAAGAUGAUGUCCCUUCAAAUUUAGUGCAGAUCCAGGCCCCGAAAGAGGAGGUCACUAGAAGGAUUAGUCAGUUCCUUGACGGCAAAAGGGAUCUGAUGAACAAACACAACGAAUCUUUUUUUGCCUUAGUCAAUUCUCAAAACUGUUCUAGGGUCAACCCGGUGAGAAUACGCCAACACAGUAUCAUAGGCCGAAAUAAUAAACUCUUGUCAAGAUGUAUGGAUGAGAGCAAAUGAGUCAGCUUAACCUUCAAGAGAUUUCUCUUCAUUAGUCACCGAUUUCUGUACUAAAACCAUCCUUGUCUGAGGAUGUAUGUAUUACUCAUUUCCUGUCAGAGAAUUUUCUUCCCUACCCAACUCUUUACGAAAUUCGAUCCUUCGUCAAUUAUUUUUCACUCUCAAGUAUGUAGUAUGUAAGCAUUACUUUUUUAAUUAUUUUUUAGAAAUGCAAUGUUGUAAAAAGGAGGGAAGUAUUUCAAUAUGAUUAUAUAAGUGUUUCAGAACCGCUCAUUAAUCAUGUUGGACAUUUUGUCUGAUUUUUCAACCAUUUCCUGCUCCAGGGGUUCACUGACUCCGCAGCAAGUGACUCUCCCUCUUCCCCCUUAUUAUUAAAUGCUACACAGACGUCCUCACCUCAUUCUCAUAUUUCGGCGUCUUUUUCUUACAAAUGUCUGUUCGUAAGUUUUAUCGAAAUUCUAAAUUGGCUUUAAAAAAAUUUCAAUGAAAGUUCAGCACAAUAAUUUAGGCAAUUUUAUCAGCAAUACAAUUUUUAUGCUACGAAGGACACAAGGAAGGGAAGAAAUAUUUCUAUGAUUAGAUUUUUAUAGGUGUGUCGCUUUAUUAGUGGAAAUUGACUACCUGAUUGUUUGAAUCUUAAUGAUAUCAAUCAGUGAAAUGGGACGCAUGACUUUUAGCAGUAAAUCAGCGGUAGAACUUAUUCAUCAUAAGUUUGACCAGUUAGCCCAGAAUAGCCACCAUUCAUCGAAGAUUCUCACAAACAUUUUAAGAAUGUUGGUUGGUAAUUUUGGAUAUUCUUCACUUAAUUUCAAAAUAAAACGAGCAAGUUUUAAUGUCUUGCUCAUUUUGGAAUUUUCUUCAGUUACCCAUUUGUAUAGUCAAAUCUUUUUAUAACAUUGUAAUGCCCAAUUUGGCUGGAGAUGCUAUCAAAUCAGGAAGAAAAACAUGAUGCAUCAAGCCACAAGUCAAAAAAUUUUUGGCUUGUGGCUCGAUGUAUCAUGGUUUUUUUCUUGUAAUGAAUUGUGCUGUCUCUCGAAAUAACGUUUUUUUGGAAACCAGAAACAAUGUUCAUUAUUCCAAGUCCCGACCAGUAGUUUUUUGUCACAGCAUUUCUUGAAAUAACGUUUUUUCGAAAAUAACGCUCCUCUUCUAAUUUCCGAUCAGAAAUGUAAUGACGAAAUACGACUGUAUUCCCAUAAAUUUGGUGUAUGUUUUUGUCGAGAUUCAGUUUUCUUCUGUUUCUUUGUAUAUACUGUAUAUUUUCCAUUACAUACUGAGAUCUCUGCCUCACUCUAGACUAAUUUUAUAAACUCUACCAUGUGUUUAUUUGCUUGGCCAUUAACUGUAAAUUUAAUUGUUAAAUUAAAUAUAAUGAUUAAAUCGUGCAGUUUCUUUCCUCGAUAACUCUUGCAAGCACCUCACUUAAACCCAUCUAUUCCCUAUACUAUCCUAUCAUGGAUAGUUUCUGAUGAAUUCGCAGGUGAAGAUUUUCAAUUAAUCAUGUACUGGUACACACAUAGUUUCUUUUUUUAGGCAUUUCAAUUCUUCAGUUUUAUCCUCUGUAUGUAAUUCUGUAAUUAUAUUUAUUGAGCGAUGAAGAUGUCAUCAUGUUCCGUCAGGAAAUUCACGCUGUAAAAUACUGCUUCCAGGAAAGUGUCAGUAUAUAUUUUUGUAUUAAAAUGGAAUUUCCUCUA